CCCCCAUAAUUCCCCCACUCUUUAUUAUUUUUGCCUCGCAACUGAGAAUUUCAGUCAACGUUGAAGCUUGUAUUCGCUUGUACACGACGGCUUUAUAGCAUAAAUAAUAUCAAAACUUGAUAUAAUCUUAGUAUAAGUCAGUGUAUGUUAAAUAUGAAAAACAUUUAAUAAAAAAUAUUUAUUUUAUAUUUUUUAUAUAAUGGGUCGAAGAAAAAGUAAAAGAAAACCACCAAGUAAAAAAAAAGCAAUUCAACCAUUAGACACGCAAUUUAAUUGUCCAUUUUGUAAUCAUGAAAAAUCAUGUGAGGUUAAGAUGGAUAAAUCAAGAAACACAGCAAGAAUUACAUGUAGAGUUUGUUUAGAAGAUUUUCAAACAACAAUUAAUUUACUUUCAGAACCUUUAGAUGUAUACAAUGAUUGGAUUGAUGCAUGUGAAAGUGCAAAUUGAAGAUUAUUGUUUUGAUGUUUGAUUCAAAUUUAUUAUUAGAUUAUUAUAUACUAAUAGACUUAUUUAUUUCUUCGUUUUACUAAAUUGUAAACACUUUAUAAUAUAAUGAAUAUUAAAUUGUACACGACACAUAAGUAAGAACUUUACUAUAUAUAUAUAUAUUUUAUAUAUUAAUGAAAAGAUAUUUAUAAUUUUGUAAAUUUAAUAUUUUAUUAGUUCAAAAUAAUACAACUUUAUAUAUGUCUUAUUACAAUAUAGAUAUCGUAGAUUAUUAAUUUUAAUUGUAUGAUAUUCAUAUAAUUAUAUAUAUUAGUUUUUUAUAUUAUUCAAAUCAUUAUAAAAAAAUAACAAAAAUAUUAAAAAAUAUAAUUAUAAUAACCUAUUCAUAUGUAAGAAAAAAAUAUGUAAUAUUUUUUAGUAAAUGUUUUUAUCAUACAAAUUAUGUUAUUGUAAAUUAAUAAUGAAAAAAAUAAAUCUUUAUUAUAA